AUGAAGAUUGAAGAAACAUUCAGUGUGAAACAUGAAGAAACUGAGGAACAAACAGACCUGAUGGCACUGAAAGAGGCGAGUCAUGAACUUAAUGAAAGGAAAGAGGAGAAAGAACAUUACGAUAAACAUCAUGAUUUCAUGAUUGGAGAAAGAUUGACACAGGCUAAAAAGUCUUCCUUACAAAAAAGAGCUCAAAAGACAAGAACUAAAAGUUAUUUCACCUGCCAACAGUGUGGAAAGAGUUUUGACCAACAUAGAAACCUUCAAGUCCACUUGAGAGUUCACACUAGAGAGAGCCCCUUCACUUGCCAACAGUGUGGAAAGAGUUUCACAUGUGAAGGACACCUUAAAGUCCACAUGAGAGUUCACACUGGAGAAAAGCCUUACACCUGCAAACAAUGUGGAAAGAGUUUUACUGUAAAAGGAAACCUUAGAGCCCACAUGAGAAUUCACACUGGAGAAAAGCCUCACACCUGCAAACAAUGUGGAAAGAGCUUCAGUCAAAAUGUAAGCCUUAAAAUUCACAUGAGAAUUCACACUGGAGAAAAGCCUCACACCUGCAAACAAUGUGGAAAGAGUUUCAGUCAAAAAGGAAGCCUUAAAAUCCACAUGCGAAUUCACACUAGAGAAAAGCCUCACACCUGUCAAGAGUGUGGAAAGAGUUUCACUGUAAAAGGAAGUCUUAUAAACCACAUGAGAACUCACACUAGAGAAAAGCCUUACACCUGUCAAGAGUGUGGACACAGUUUCAUUGCAAAAGGAAAUCUUAUAGUCCACAUGAGAAUUCACACUGGAGAGAGUUCAUUCACCUGUGAACAGUGUGGACAGAGUUUCACACAGAAAGGAAACCUUAAAGUCCACAUGAGAACUCACACUGGAGAAAAGCCUUACACCUGCACUCUGUGCGGGAAUGGCUUCACACAGGAACAAGGCCUUAGGAAACACAUGAAUAUUCACACUGGAGAGAAGCUAUUUACAUGUGAUCAGUGUGAAAAAAGUUUCAGAUUUACAGGUGACCUUAAGUGCCAUAUGAGGAUUCACUCGAAAGAGAACUCUUUUAGAAGUCGUCACUGUGGAAAGAGCAGAGGUGUAAAGAGUACCUGAAAACAAUACUUGAGUAAAAGUACAUAUACCUGACAGCAAAAAUGACUCCCAUUACAAGUUAAAAGGGACAUUCCAAUACAACUUGAGUAAAAAUCUUGGAGCAUCUGUUUUUUGAUCUUAAUUUUUUUUUCAUCUGUAUUUUACUCAUGUUAAAUGUAGGCUCAAAGACUAGUCCUCGACACCUGAGAGAAAUGCCAGUAAAAAUAAACAAUUGAUUUGAUUCAUGAGAAAUGUUUAUUUUCUAAAAUUAAAAUAAAACUGAACACCUCAACAUUGCAAUAAAUCAAGGUUGACACAACAGGCACGAUUCGUCAACAGAAAAUACGUGUCCUCUACCCUCUUGAUGGAGGUCAAUGCAACUAGGAGUACUUUCUUAAGGGUCUUUCUUAAAGACUCCUCGUCCUCCCUGACCUUGCACAGAAGCUGUAUGAGUAGGCUCACUGGGGGAAAUGCAAACUUGCAUAGACCCCGGGGCUAGCUGUGAGCCAGUGCAUCCGUGCCAAGAGUGCCCUUGGUCAGGGAGUAAAACAACUGGCAAUGGGCUGUGUCCGGGGGGCAAACAGAUCUAUCUGAGCAGUCUAAACCACUGCCAAAUCAGUUUGACCACCUGGGGAUGGAAUCUUCAUUCUCCUGGAAGUGGAGGCUGCUGUGAGAGCUCGUCGGCUGCACUGUUGAGCGCACCUGGGAUGUGAAUGGUACAAUACGACCUCAGAUACUUCUGUCUCCAAAAGAGAAAAUCGCGGGCAAGUUGUGACAUGCGACGGGAGCAUAGACCGUCCGGGUGGUUGAUUUAUGCAACAGUUGCAGUGCUGUCAGAACGGACCAGUACAUUCUUGAGUUAACAGCUCUUUUUGUGAGGUUGUGGGCUGUA